AUGGCUGCUGCUGGUGCUGGCUCUGGUGGUGCUGCUGCUUCUGCUCCUGCAGGUUACCCGCAGACCAUGCGCCUGGUCAGGUCGCCGCCGUUUGGCGAGCCGUCGGUCAUGACGCCGGUGAUAGAUGAGGUGGCCGCGCUGAAGGCUGGUACUGUCCUGAUCAAGACUGCGUUUGCUGGUGUGAACCGAGCGGACACGCUGCAGCGCAAGGGCAAGUAUGCGCCGCCCAAGGGCGAGUCAAACGUCCUGGGUCUGGAGGUUGCCGGAGAGAUAGUGGCCAUCAACAGCAACGGCGCCGAGUCGUCGUGGUCGGUUGGCGACCGCGUGUGUUCGCUCCUUGGUUCGGGUGGCUACGCCGAGUAUGUCGCUGCUCCGCUGGAGCUGCUGAUCCCGGUGCCCGAGGACGUGCCGAUGGAGGAGGCUGGUGGCUUUCCGGAGGCCUUUCUCACCGCCUUCCAGGCCGUGUCGUACAUCGGCAAGCUUGGCGCCGGCGAAACGCUGCUUAUCCACGGCGGCGCGUCGGGCGUCGGCACUGCCGCCAUCCAGCUUGCUAAGCUCCUUGGAGCCAACGUCAUUGUCACUGCGUCGACGGCCGACAAGCUCGCGACGUGCUCCUCGCUCGGCGCCGACGUGGCCAUCAACUACAAGGACACCGACUUUGUUGAGGAGGUCAAGGCUGCAACCGAUGGCCGUGGCGUCGAUCUUGUUGUCGACUACGUUGGCUCAGCGUACUUUUCCCGCAACCUCGAGGCGCUCGCCCUCGACGGCCGCAUGGUCAUGCUCGGCUUCCUCUCCGGCGCAGUCGUCGACGCCCCGCUCUCGCUCGCGCCCAUCCUCCGCAAGCGGCUCACCAUCACCGGGUCGACGCUCCGCACCCGUCCCAUGGCGUACAAGGCUGAGCUAGUGGCCGGCCUCAUCGCCCUUGCCGGCGACGCCUGGGCCAACCGCUCUCUCAAGGUCAUUGUCGACUCGGUGUACGCUCUCGACGACGUCGCCGACGCCCACUCGCACAUGGAGGCCAACGCCAACAUCGGUAAGAUUGUCCUGCGCCCGUGAGCGCACGAAAGAUCACAAUGAACGGAGGGAGAC